AUGGCCUCAGCACGCUCCCACCGACCGCCCAAACGCCUCGCCGUCUUCUGCGACGGCACAUGGGUGGGCCGCGAGACAGCCGUCGACGACGCACCACCAAGCAACAUCCGGCAGCUGGCCAACAUGGUCGGCACCGUCAAGUACAAAACCGACGACAAAGCCGCCGCAACCGUCCACCCCAUCCAGCCACACAAAAACAAGAACCUCUCUGAGACUUCCCCUGCCUCCGCCCCAGAUGCCAUCGUCGCCGGCUACCAAGAAGGCGUGGGCCUCAACAAAAACUUCAUGCAGUACAUCUGGGACGGCGCGACUGCCUCGUCCAUCAGCGAAGAAUGCAUCUCCGUGUACAAAUUCAUAGUCGAAAACUACACCGACGAGCAUGAGAUUUGGUUGUUCGGGUUUAGUCGCGGCGCCUUUACCGUGCGCUGCGUCGCGGGCAUGAUUAACAAUUGCGGCAUCAUUAAGCGGCGCGCCGACUACACCGAGGACGAAGUAUCGCGCCUGUGUUACGAAAUCUUUCGCACAUACCGCUCUAGCUUACCUGUUGAUGCGCCCAAGAGCGAAGAGUGCACGCGCUGGAAGGGCCUCGAGGAUAGAGUGUGGCAGGUUAAACGCCCGAUUCGCUUCAUGGGGAUUAUAGAUACGGUGGGUGCGCUGGGGAUACCACGGUUAAGCGCGGGUGUAGGCUUCGAUUGGAGUCCGUUUGAAUUUUUCGACAUGAGCAUUUCGAGCGUGGUGCAGCAUUGCUACCAUGCGCCAUGCUUGCACGAUAGGCUGUGGAUCUUCCAGCCGUGUCUUGUAUCCGCUAGCGAGGAGACAGCAGACGACGACGACGAAAAAUCCAGGGCUAGCAUAACGCAGAAAUGGUUUCCGGGCACUCACUACGAUGUCGGGCGUAUGACGUUCCGGUUUGUGAGGCAGAGCCCUACGAAUUGGAUUGAGGAGGCGUUGGGCUGGCUUCCCAAUUUGCUGUCGCGCACAAUCUAUCCGAAUCAGGUGCUCAGCGAUGCAGUACUGCGGUGGAUGGUAGAAAGCGUGCAUACUGUGGAUGAGCACUCCGAAACACCCAUCAUGCCCGGCGCGCAAGAAUGGAUACAGCAUCUCGGGGAGCGACUGGGUGAAGCCGCGCUAUCAGCUUCAUCGACGGAAGAUCAGCACCUGAGGACUGGCAGCGGAGACAUCUACGGCGACGUGCUCGCCUACGCGCCCGGCGGCGUCGUGAUUAGCUCGGUGCAAAAGACGUCGCGCUCCAUCACCUCGCUCCUCAACGGCGUCUUGCCGCGACUCGGUGACAACAUCCAGAGCGUGCUGGGCGUCAAGACACUCAUCGGUAUCCUGACGAACACGGCCGAUCGCCGUAUCCCGGGCACACAGGCAGAAAUCUAUCCGUACACAGAGCAAGAGAGGGUAACGGUCAAGGGAAGCGAAGUUGUUUUCACAGUCGAAGAGCUGGCGCGGAUGAACGAGGUAAAUGACGUGGGGCAAGUUAGAUAUCCCAGUCAGAGCUUCCAGUCGUUUUUGCUUUGGAAAGAGGUAUUUGGGAAAAAGGAAACGUCAUGUGGACACUGA